CCACUCGCCCCGCCGCCCUCCACUUCCCGGACCGCCGCUAGAGCUCCUCCGUCACUUUCGUCAUCCGGGAACCUACCGCCAUAUUUCUAUUUUUGCAUCAGUGUCUGUUGUUUAUGUGACUUUAUUUUCCAACUUUUCCCUAUUGCUCGCCUGUUGUUUCGUGCGUGUGUCGUGUACAGUUGUGUGAAUUGAAAGGGCAGUGUAAGUGAACGUAUAUAAGGGGAGAACAGCAAGAGUGGCAGCUGCUGUCACCUCCCAAUCUAGUUAAUUUUUUUCCAGUCAUGUCAACGAAAGCCAAACAAGACGGGGAUCCUGCCACUAUAGAAACAGAUGGAGAUAGUCCAGAAAUGUGGUCUAGUCAGCAGCAGCAGUCGCAGUUGCAGCCGCAGCCGCAGUUGCAGCAGCAGCAACACCAGCAGGAAGAUGGUGAUGAUGGCUGCAGUGGUGGCGGUGGAGGUAGAGACUCCUCCUCCCCUUCCACUAAGCCAGAGGAAGGAACUAUCAGUGCAUCCUCAACAGAAUCUAGUGGGUUAGAUUCACAUAAGGGAAGCACCUCACCCUCCAUUUCUUCAUCACCCCUCAAUCUUCCACACUGGCAAUAUUCAAGAGAUGAACUUCUAGCAAUUAAAGAAGCCCCUUUGUCUAUGAAGUGGCCCUCAUGUUUGGACAUAGCAUAUAGUAAGCCUGCAGGACGAUGGGAUCCUGAUAGGUGGAUCCGAGCGGUGCAUGAUGAGCGACGUCCGUCCAGCACCGCCCCUGUGCCCUCCACAGUCACCAGCAACAAGCCCGACCGUCCUCCAGAUCUAGAGCUAAAACGGAGUCGGGACCCUCGAGAAAGGGUGAAGCAAGAAGAGCAAGAUGGUCUUGUAUUGUCCCCGCAACGAAGAAGCUUCAGCACUGGAUGUCAUGGCCUCCAGCAAGCUUCAACAGUGUCAAAACGUCCUGACUCACCCACGGAAAGACCCCAGCGUGAGUCUCACAGAGAGAUACCAACACGAAGAAUAGGGUCUGGCAGAAUUUCCCGUAGAGAUGACUCCGAGGCUCCUGUCACUACUGAGCGUAGAGAGCUUCCUUCUAGACGGGAGAGGGACCUUGAACGAGAGCGAGGCCGGGACAGAGAUAGAGAGGCAGACCAGCGACGGGAUACCAGGGACUGGAGAUCCAAACAUGAUCAGUGCUUUGAUGGAGAUAAUAGAUUUGAUAGUAGAAGACGCUUCAUCUUUGAAGAAGAAGAAAAUGAAAAGCGACCUGACCGAAGAGAGCGAGAGAAGGAUAGGCGUUACCAGGACCGCAAAAGAAUGUCUCGUGCUGAUGAAGAAGAACAGCCUGAAUGGUUCACAGGAGGACCAACAAGCCAAAAUGAAUUCAUUGAGCUGGUUGGAUUUGAUGACAUCCCUGAGGAGAACUGCACCUCUACCAAGGCUCAGCACAAGAGGGAACGUCGCCGGUCUAAAAAGGAAAAAGAAGGUGGUGGGAGUAGAAGAGGCUCCCGAAGUAGCACUCCAGUUAUUGUUGAAGAAUCAGCUAGCAAAUCCCCAAAGUUGCAACAAGAGGAACCAAAGCGAGUUGAGGAAAAUGUUAGGCAGCAAACUCAACCAACUGUUAUUGAACCUGUGGAGCAGGAACUUCCUGGUUUCAAUAUUGAUGAUUUCCUUGGUGAUAUCAUAGGUUAUCCUGGGAAUCCUGAAGAGAUAGUUGGUGUCAACAAUACCAAUGCUGGUGGUGGAAGUGGAUCAUCCCGAUUGAAGCAGUUCUUCUCGACCAAGAGAGAGAGUCCAGUCUUUGGUUCUACUGGUAACUCACGUCGCUCUUCUCUUGAUCUACCACCACACAUCAAUAAUCUUCUCAAUGAAAUCACGGCUAGCGAACCAAACAUUGUGAUCCCUUCAGCCACGGCAGGCCUCGACUCCAACCACUUCUUUGCACCAAUUUCUCCAGCAGACAAAACUGGUGCGAACUCCAUAGUGGACCUAUUACAGCAAGCUUCCUCAGCGGGUUUAGGAGGUCCAGAACCCUUAGGACCUUCUACUCAACCUCCUAUUGGACCUCCAGGGAUUCAUGGGUCACAGCCUCCACCAUCUAUAAAAGAUCUCAUGAUGGAUGGGAAGGGACAGAGUUUGGAAGAAGUUGAAGCUGGUAUACGCAACAUGCGCCAACAGAACCGCCCUCACCACAGCCAUAUCAGUCACAACCAUCAUGGGCUCAGCAGCCAGAUGAAUGCAUUUGAUGAUUUUCUCUCACAGGUUACUUCUUCUCAAGGCACAGUCAAACCAGCACCCAACACUUCAGCCAUGGAGGUGCUGUUUAAGUUAUUGAAUGGAGGGAUGAAGGAUGCAGUAGUAAAGCCAUCACCCAUGCCAGUGCAACCAGCUGUCCCAAAUGCUCCUACAGAAAAUGAUCUCAUUGCUAUGUUGAUGAAAGGAAAUACAUCAGGUUCUGGACAACAAACACAGGGUCAUGGCCUCUCCCACCAGCAGCAGUCUCGCUCCAUGCCACCUCC